UCCUCUUCUGCGCAGCGAACACCUUUUUCCGUCUCUCUCCUUCGUGUUUGCAGACUCUGUCUUGUUUUGUCGGGAUCAGGAUUUCUGAGAACGGCUCUAGACUUUUUCUACCCCAAUGGAGGGCUCAUUUACUCGCUCGCCUGCAGAGGUGCUGAAGGAGUUCGGCGUGGUGCCGGAGAUAGGCUUGACGCAAGAGCAAGUGGUCCGAUUAAGACAAAAGCAUGGGCCCAAUGCUAUCGCCGAAGAUGAAGCCACUCCUCUGUGGAAACUCGUCCUCGAGCAGUUCAAGGACCAGCUCGUCCUGAUUCUUCUCGGCUCCGCAGCCAUUUCCUUCGUUCUGGCGCUUUUCGAAGACGGAGAUGACUGGACUGCAUUUGUCGAUCCCGCUGUUAUCCUGACCAUUUUGAUUCUGAAUGCCAUUGUCGGUGUGUCGCAAGAAAGUAGUGCUGAGAAGGCUAUUGCCGCUCUUCAGGAAUACUCCGCCAACGAGGCCAAGGUCGUUCGCAAUGGAGCAUUGCAAAAAAUCAAGGCGGAGGAGCUUGUGCCGGGAGAUAUCAUUGACAUCGCCGUGGGUGACCGCAUUCCGGCUGACUGCCGGUUGCUGUCCAUUCAGAGCAAUAGCUUUCGCUUAGAUCAGGCUAUCUUAACUGGCGAGAGCGAAAGUGUUAGCAAGGAUACCAAAGUCGUCAAGGAUAAGCAAGCCGUCAAGCAAGAUCAAAUCAACAUGCUUUUCUCAGGCACUACUGUCGUGGCAGGCCAUGCCACCGCCAUCGUGGUUCUUACUGGGGCUUCUACAGCUAUUGGAGGCAUCCAUGAAAGCAUCACUUCUCAAAUCUCUGAGCCUACUCCUUUGAAACAGAAAUUAAACGAUUUCGGUGACGUUCUCGCCAAAGUGAUUACCGUCAUCUGUAUCCUCGUCUGGUUGAUCAACAUUGAACACUUCAACGACCCAUCUCAUGGAGGCUGGGCAAAGGGCGCUAUUUAUUAUUUGAAGAUCGCCGUUUCUCUCGGUGUUGCCGCCAUUCCCGAAGGUCUCGCCGUGGUCAUCACCACAUGCCUGGCCCUGGGAACUCGGAAAAUGGCUGCUAAGAAUGCUGUUGUCAGGUCACUGCCUUCUGUUGAAACGUUGGGAAGCUGCAGUGUUAUCUGCUCGGACAAAACUGGAACUUUGACUACCAAUCAAAUGAGCGUUGAAAAAGUUGUCUAUCUUGAUGCUAGCGGACGAGGCCUUGAAGAAAUUGAAGUCGAAGGUACAACCUUUGCGCCGUCAGGUUCAUUGACAAGAAACGGCAAAGAGCUUAAUGACUUGGCGGUUUCAUCGUCAACGGUUCGCCAAAUGGCCGAAAUCCUCGCACUGAACAACGAAUCCAUCUUGGCUUAUGAUCCAAAGACUGGUUAUUCUUGCAUCGGUGAACCUACCGAAGGAGCCCUGCGCGUGCUGGUUGAGAAGAUUGGAAGCGACAAUGCUGUUUUCAAUGAUAACCUCCGAUCACUCGCUCCCUCUGCUAAACUGCAUGCUACUAGCAAGUACUUUGAGUCCAAGUUGCCGUUGAAAUCGACCUUUGAAUUUUCUCGUGAUCGUAAAAGCAUGUCCGUACUCGUCGGUGAAGGCAAAGAACAAAAGCUCUUGGUUAAGGGUGCCCCGGAAUCAAUCCUCGAACGCUGCUCCCAUACUCUGCUCGGUGCGAACGGUUCUCGUGUGCCUCUGACCCAGAACCACACCAACCUGCUUCUGCAGGAGGUGACUGAAUAUGGUAACCGGGGUCUUCGUAUAAUGGCACUUGCCAAUGUGGAAGAUGUCUCCGCCAAUCCACUUUUGCACACUGCAAAGACUUCUGAAGAAUACACCCAACUGGAACGCAACAUGACUCUGAUCGGUCUGGUCGGCAUGCUUGACCCCCCUCGUCCUGAAGUGGCCAGCUCUGUGAGGAACUGCCGUGAAGCUGGUAUCCGCGUCAUUGUCAUCACUGGUGACAACCGAAACACUGCCGAGUCUAUCUGCCGUCAAAUUGGUGUCUUUGGCACCAAUGAAAACCUCCAAGGUAAAAGCUAUACCGGUAGAGAAUUCGACAACCUCAGUGAAAGCGAGCAGAUCAAGGCUGUCCAGACUGCCUCGCUCUUCUCUCGCACCGAACCUUCUCAUAAAUCGAAACUGGUGGAUCUUCUUCAGUCCCUUGGCCACGUUGUUGCCAUGACCGGCGACGGUGUCAAUGACGCCCCUGCUUUGAAGAAGGCUGAUAUCGGUGUGGCUAUGGGUACCGGCACAGACGUCGCCAAGCUCGCGGCCGACAUGGUUCUCGCCGAUGAUAACUUUGCCACCAUCGAGGUUGCAGUCAGCGAGGGCCGUUCUAUCUACAGCAACACUCAGCAGUUCAUCCGUUACCUGAUCUCUUCCAACAUUGGUGAAGUGGUAUCCAUCUUCUUGACUGCGGCGCUGGGCUUGCCUGAGGCGUUGGUUCCUGUCCAGCUUCUGUGGGUGAAUUUGGUCACUGACGGUCUCCCUGCCACUGCUCUCUCUUUCAACCCUCCUGACCACGAUGUCAUGAGACGCCGUCCUCGCAAGCGCGACGAAGCGCUAGUCGGCGGAUGGCUGUUCUUCCGCUACAUGGUAAUCGGAAUCUACGUUGGCCUAGCCACUGUGUUUGGAUACGUGUGGUGGUUCAUGUACAACCCAUCCGGUCCUCAAAUCUCCUAUUGGCAACUAUCGCACUUCCACAAAUGCUCAUCCGAAUUCCCUGAGCUCGGAUGCGAGAUGUUCAGCAACGACAUGUCCAAGUCUGCCUCAACAGUCUCCCUCUCCAUUCUUGUGGUGAUCGAGAUGCUGAACGCCAUGAACGCGCUCUCCUCCAGUGAAUCCCUACUCACCUUCCCGCUGUGGCACAACCUGAUGCUCGUCUACGCCAUCGCCCUGUCCAUGACUCUGCACUUCGCCAUCCUGUACGUACCGUUCUUGCAGGGCCUAUUCGCAAUCUUGCCCCUGGACUGGAAUGAAUGGAAGGCAGUUGUAGUGAUUAGUUUGCCAGUGAUUAUCAUCGACGAAGUCCUCAAAUUCGUCGAGCGACGCGUCUACGACCAGCGCGUUGAGCCCGUGACCAUGAACGGCAAGGUGAAGGCCGCCUAG